AAAGGGUCAAAGGGGAAAGAAAGAUUUCGCUAGAGAACAGGGGAGAGGAAGGCGGGACACCUGCGCUGCUGAUCUGGCGCGCGCGGCCGCAGUCCACUCGCUAGAUAACAGCCUAGCCUAGCCUAGCCGUCCCGUCCCGUCCCAUCCCGGCGACCCGGCAACGAACUGCAGCGACAGCGACCGCCGGAUUGUUGAUCAGCCGAGACGGGGCGUCUUCUUCUUCGUUUGUUUUAUAGAAAAGAAAUAAAAGAUAAAGGUUCAAGCUUUCUCGAAGCUCCCCCCCUUGAACACGCCGGCGAUUCUCGUUGCUUUCGCCGGUCCAGCUCGAGGUUCUUCCCCAUUAAUCCCGUCGAGCUGGAGCCCGUCGUCUUUGGCGGCGGCUGCUGCUGCUGCUGCUUCUCAUUCUUUCUUGCUGGUUCUGCCGGCCCUUUUCUUUUAUUGGUAAAAAGUUCGUGACGAUUUUAUUUGGUGUGAUUUUGGGCGCUUUUACUAGCAUAGGUUCCGCUACAGACGUUUCAUCUCCUCUUUCAAUCUGUUGGUAAUCUCGGUUACCGCCGGUUCCGAUUAGGGGGGGGAAUCGUACUCUAAAAUUUGUCGCUACUUUCCUCGUGUCGUUCGCUCUUCCAACACUAGCUUUCUACUUACAAAAAAAAACACAAGAUUUUCCUCCCAGUUUUGGGUAAUUUCAAGUUUUUCUUCGAGUUGGAGUUUGACUCUUUGCUUCGCUGGGGGCCCUAAACUUGGGACUCGGGCCGGUCCGGCGGAAUGCCGAGCGGGAACUUGCUUUCCCGCAGGAAGCGUUCGUGGCGUGCCAAUGAGCUCGUGAGCAGGAGCACCCUGCAACUGCUGGACUUCGAUGAUGGCUCACCACCGGAGCAUGCAUGGAGUAGGAAACUAAGUAGUCAUGCUAAUAGAUUGAAGGAGUUCAAUGUUACAUUCAGAGAAGCAAUUAGAAUGAUGAAACUUGGUCUCCGACUUUGGUCAUAUAUUCGGGAGGAAGCUUCUCAUGGAAGGAAAGCACCAAUUGAUCCCUUCACUAGAGAGAGCAACAGACCCUCAGCCUCACAAGGAGUACCUCUUGGUGGGAUGGGGAGUGGUAGCAUUUCAAGAGGCUUUAGGGGAGAAUUCAAGCAUUGGCAGAUAACUCCUGGUUAUUGUGAAAUGUCUCCUGUGAUGGCCAAUCAAUUUUCGAUCUUUGUCACUCGGGGAAGAAACAAGAAAUAUGCUUCAGUUUUGGCCCCUGGUCAACUUGAUGGUUUGCAGAAAUCUAGCGAUGAUGGUAUAUCGUCCUGGGAUUGGAAAUUAAAGGGUGAUCAUUCGACAUACCAUGCUUUGUUUCCUCGAGCAUGGACUGUUUAUGAUGGCGAACCAGAUCCAGAGCUAAAAGUAUCUUGCCGUCAAAUAUCGCCAUUUAUUCCACACAACUAUGAAGAGAGCAGUCUUCCUACCUCUGUUUUUGUAUACACUCUCGUGAAUACCGGAAAGGAAAGGGCAAAAGUUAGCCUAUUGAUGACUUGGGCGAAUUCCAUUGGAGGACUUUCACAUCAUACUGGUGGCCAUGUAAAUGAGCCAUUCAUAGGAGAAAAUGGAGUUUCUGGCGUUCUUCUACAUCACAAGACAGCCAAUAAUAAUCCUCCUGUAACAUUUGCAAUUGCGGCAUGUGAAAACCAAAAUGUAAAUGUCACAGUAUUGCCUGUUUUUGGGCUUUCUGGAGAAAGUUCUGUUACUGCCAGGGAAAUGUGGGGCACAAUGGUCCAGGAUGGUUCCUUUGACCGAGAUAAUUUCAAUGCUGGUGUCAGCAUGCCUUCUUCUCUGGGUGAUACAGUUUGUGCAGCAGUUUCUGCUUCCACCUGGGUUGAACCACAUGGAAGAUGUACAGUUGUAUUCGCGUUGGCUUGGUCUGCUCCUAAGGUUAAGUUUAAAAAGGGAAGUACAUACUACAGGAGAUAUACAAAGUUCUAUGGAACUUCGCCAAGAUCAGCUGUAAAUUUGGUACAAGAUGCUUUGAUGAAGUAUAAACAUUGGGAAGAGGAGAUCGAUAAGUGGCAGACCCCAAUUCUCCGUGAUGAGAGGCUUCCAGAGUGGUACAAGAUUACUCUCUUCAAUGAAUUGUACUUCCUUGUUGCUGGAGGAACCAUUUGGAUUGAUAGCGAAUACUUGGUAGUUGACGCUGAUAACAAGUCGAAUUCAAGUCCCAUUGAGGAUGGUGAUUCACCACUUAAUGACAGCACGUGCAAUUCUACAGUUCCCCAAAUCGGUUUUGACCCACAUGAGAUUGAUGACAAAGAAAACGUUGGGAAGUUUUUGUACCUGGAAGGAAUAGAGUACUUCAUGUGGUGCACCUAUGAUGUACACUUCUAUGCCUCUUUUGCUCUUUUGGAUCUGUUUCCUAAGAUUGAAUUAAGCAUUCAACGUGAUUUUGCUAGAGCUGUUCUGCGGGAAGAUAAGAGUAGAGUCAGAUUUCUUGCUGAUGGUGCCUGGGGUAUUCGUAAAGUAAUUGGUGCUGUCGCCCAUGACCUUGGAGCACAUAAUCCGUGGCAUGAAUUGAAUGCUUACAACAUCCACGACACAAGUAGAUGGAAAGAUCUUAAUCCCAAGUUUGUGCUUCAGAUUUACAGGGAUUUUGCUGCAACAGGUGAUAUGUCAUUUGGCAAGGAUGUCUGGCCAGCAGUUUGUACUGCUAUGGAAUAUAUGGAACAAUUUGAUCGUGAUGGUGAUGGUAUGAUUGAAAAUGAUGGAUUUCCUGAUCAAACGUAUGAUGCUUGGACAGUUCAAGGAGUAAGUGCGUAUUGUGGUUGCCUUUGGCUUGCUGCCCUUCAAGCUACAGCAGCACUGGCCCGCAGCCUUGGACAUGAUGACUAUGCUGAGAGGUGUAUGAUAAGAUUUGCAAAAGCUAAAUCCGUAUUUGAAGCCAGGUUAUGGAAUGGUUCAUACUUCAAUUAUGACAGCGGAACAAGUUACAAAAGCCGUUCCAUCCAGGCAGACCAGCUGGCUGGACAAUGGUAUACUGCAUCUUCUGGGUUGCCUCCUCUAUUUGAAGAGGAUAGGAUAAAAUGCACACUUCAGAAAAUAUUUGACUACAACGUGAUGAGGGUGAAAGGAGGACGUAUGGGAGCUGUGAAUGGUAUGCAUCCGAAUGGGAAGGUAGAUGAAACCUGUAUGCAGUCAAGAGAAAUAUGGACAGGAGUAACAUAUAGUUUAGCUGCAACUAUGCUGCUCCAUGGAAUGGAGCAUCAGGCCUUCACUACUGCAGAAGGCAUUUAUAUUGCAGGAUGGUCUGAAGAGGGCUAUGGGUACUGGUUCCAAACUCCGGAAGCAUGGACAGUUGAUGGCCACUACAGGUCACUGAUAUAUAUGCGCCCCCUUGCAAUCUGGGGAAUGCAGCAGGCCUUGUCCCCUCCAAUGUCGAUACUCAAGGCGCCAAAGGUAAAUGCAAUGGACAGGGCUCACAUUUCUCCAGGCACAUUCCAGUUCCUCCAGGAUAGCGUCAGGAAGAUGACGCCCAAGAACGGUUGUUUCGGAAACACUGUAUUUAACUGGGAUUGUUGAUGUGAUGUUAGAGCUUCUAUCUCACUCUUUGUCCAUUGUGUUUCUCUGGGGCAUCUGAUGUAGUUUGGGAGGUGCGCAAUCUUCUCUUGUGUAAGCUCGCAGUGGCAUGGUGUUCUCUGACAGUGACCCGAACUUUGUACAUGGCUGUACAGAAAAUGUAUACGAGUACAGAUUUUUAUGUGUAUAGUAUUCUUAACAGAGUACUGGCUUCUUCAGGUGGUG